UCACCAGUAGUGUGUGUCUCACCAGCUUACAGUGUAGUCUGUCACCAGCAGAUAGUGAAGUCUUUAGCAGACACUGUUGUCACCAGCAGACAGUGUUGUCAUCAGCAGACAGUAUAGUCUUUAGCAGACAGUGUAGCCACCAGCAGACAGUGUAGUCCCUAGCAGCAGAUAAUGUGGUCUCUCAGCAGCCAAGAGUGUCAAUCAUCUUCGGAAGCGGCCGCCCCCCCGCCGGCCCGUGGGCAAGCCUCCAGAGAACCGCCCAGCCCGAGCACUCUUCUGCCUGGGCCUCAAGAACCCAUUGAGGAAGGUCUGCAUAGACGUGGUAGAAUGGAAACCGUUCGAGUGGUUCAUCUUGUUCACCAUCUUCGCCAACUGCGUGGCGUUAGCGGUCUACACGCCCUACCCAAACUCAGACUCCAACGCCACAAACGCACAACUAGAACAAAUCGAGAUCAUCUUCAUGGUGAUAUUCACACUUGAGUGCUUUAUGAAGAUUAUAGCGUACGGGUUUGUGCUCCAUCCAGGAGCCUAUAUACGAAGCGUAUGGAACUCCCUCGAUUUCCUCAUUGUCGUAAUAGGGUUGGUGAGUGGGGCGCUGGAUUUCCUCAUGCAGGGGGAAGGUGGGGAGGCAGGGUUCGACGUGAAAGCCCUCAGAGCUUUCAGAGUCCUGCGUCCCCUAAGACUUGUCUCUGGCGUCCCAAGUCUCCAGGUGGUGUUGAACUCUAUCCUGAAGGCUAUGGUCCCACUGCUCAACAUUGCUCUUCUUGUUAUGUUUGUCAUUAUCAUUUAUGCCAUCAUCGGUCUGGAGCUCUUCUCCGGUGCACUUCACUUCACAUGCUAUAACAAUGAAACAGGGAGCCGAAUGGAGUCACCACAUCCGUGUGACAAUGGCACGGCAGGUUUUAACUGCUCAAACCUCAAUAAAGAUGGUCAGUACUUUGUAUGCCUAGAUGACUGGGAAGGACCUAACUAUGGCAUCACAAACUUUGAUAAUUUUGGCCUCGCAAUGCUGACAGUAUUCCAGUGCAUCACCAUGGAGGGCUGGACGGACAUGAUGUAUUAUAUUGCGGAUGCCAUGGGCAACAGUUGGCAGUGGAUCUUCUUCGUUUCUAUGAUUAUUCUUGGUGCCUUCUUCGUUAUGAACCUUAUUCUUGGUGUCCUCAGUGGAGAGUUCUCCAAAGAAAGAGAAAAAGCUCAGGCACGAGGAGACUUCAUGAAAUUGCGAAAAAAGCAGCAAAUUGAGGAGGAUUUGAGAGGUUAUCUGGAAUGGAUAACUGCAGCAGAAGAUAUAGAGAUGGAAGGAGAUGACAAGAAGGAAACAGAUGACGGGCGCCGUUUAGUACUGCCGGGAACGAGCAACCGUGGAGCCAUGUCGGUGGCCUCCCCAACUUCCCUUCUGCUCUUCUUGCCCCUCUUCUCUAUGCGUAACUCCAAAGCUGUAGAAGUUGAUCCUGACAAAGGUGAUGAAAACGAUGAAGCUCAGCAACCAUCAUGGUGGCAGAAAAAGAAAAAGGGAUUUGACCGCUUCGUGAAAGGGACAAUAGGAAUUAAUCGAAGAGCGAGACGGGCAUGUCGUAAGGCGGUCAAGUCACAAGCUUUUUACUGGCUCAUAAUUGUCCUUGUCUUCCUUAACACCGCAGUCUUGGCCAGUGAACACUACCGCCAACCUGACUGGCUUAGCCAGUUCCAAGAUUAUACAAAUCUUUUCUUCGUGGUGCUGUUUACUUGUGAAAUGUUGUUAAAAAUGUACAGUUUAGGCUUCCAAGGCUACUUUGUAUCGUUGUUCAAUCGUUUUGAUUGCUUUGUGGUUAUCAGUAGUAUAACCGAGGUGGUGCUCACUUCCACCGAGAUCAUGCCGCCCCUCGGAGUCUCUGUGCUCCGUUGUGUCAGACUCCUCAGAGUCUUCAAAGUUACUAAAUACUGGCGGUCACUCUCCAACCUGGUUGCUUCCCUCCUCAACUCCAUCCAGUCGAUCGCCUCUUUGCUGCUCCUGCUCUUCCUCUUUAUCAUUAUCUUUGCUCUCCUGGGCAUGCAAGUCUUCGGUGGCCGCUUUAACUUUAACCCGACUGAGGAUAAACCGCGUCAUAACUUUGACAACUUCGUUCAGGCCAUGUUGACGGUGUUCCAGAUCUUGACUGGAGAGGACUGGAACGUUGUGAUGUAUGAUGGUAUCCGUGCCUAUGGUGGAGUAGCGACACCUGGAAUCAUUGCCUGUGUCUACUUUAUCAUCCUUUUCAUCUGUGGUAACUAUAUCCUACUGAAUGUCUUCUUGGCUAUUGCUGUCGACAACUUGGCUGAUGCAGAUGCUCUCGGAGAUGCUGAGGAAGAGGAAGGAAAGGAGGGGGAAGAGGGUGGAGAGGGAGAUGGCGGUGAAGGAGAAAAAAUUAAAGUAGAAGGAGAUGACGGCAUAGAAGCAGAGGAGAAGACUGCACUAAACCAUAUAGCCUUAAGAGAUGGAGAAGCAGUGAGCCACACCAAAGUUCAUCUCGAGAUGGAUGAAGGGGAAGAUGGACAAAAGUAUGACGAUUACGAGGGUGAUGAUGACCUCGGCGAAGAGGGGGACUACGAUGAAACUGAGGGCGAGGAUGGAGAGAUGGUCCAAGUUUCACGACCUCCCCAAAACGAAAGCAGCACAACUAAAGUUCAGCCCAUUCCAAAAUACUCCUCUUUCUUCAUUUUUACCCAUACAAACAGGUUUCGUGUUUUCUGCCAUACUGUCUGCAACCACAGUCUCUUCAGUAACGUCAUUCUUGUCUGCAUUCUCAUAUCAUCUGGCAUGUUAGCUGCGGAGGAUCCUCUUCGCUCUGACUCUCAACGCAAUACUAUCUUGAACUACUUUGACAUCUUCUUCACAUCAGUAUUCACGGUUGAAAUCUUCCUGAAAGUUGUGUCCUAUGGUUUCAUCUUACAUAAAGGCGCCUUCCUUCGUUCUGCCUUCAACGGCUUAGAUCUGUUGGUUGUGGCCGUCUCUCUCAUCUCGUUUUCCUUCAAGCGUCUCCGCGACCUCACCACCAGGGAUGGAGCUAUUUCGGUGGUGAAGAUCCUCCGUGUACUCCGUGUCCUCAGGCCUCUCCGUGCUAUCAACAGGGCCAAGGGCCUCAAGCAUGUAGUUCAAUGCGUCAUAGUGGCUAUUAAGACCAUCGGCAACAUCAUGCUGGUUACCUGCCUUCUUGAGUUUAUGUUUGCAGUUAUCGGAGUUCAGUUAUUCAAGGGCAAGUUCUUCCGCUGUAACGACAGGUCCAAAGCCUUGGAGACCGAUUGUAGGGGUCAGUUCAUUGUUUACCAUGAUGGCGACAUUACUAAGCCAAUGGUGGAGAAGAGAGUCUGGGAGAAAAAUGCUUUCCACUUCGACAAUGUAGCAAAAGCCAUGUUGACACUCUUCACAGUCUCAACAUUUGAAGGCUGGCCUGGGUUGUUAUAUGUGUCCAUCGACUCCAACACGGAAGAUGUUGGUCCAGUUCAUAACUACCGCCCCAUGGUGGCUGUCUACUACAUCAUCUAUAUCAUCAUCAUCGCCUUCUUCAUGGUUAACAUCUUUGUUGGUUUCGUUAUCGUCACAUUCCAGAGUGAGGGUGAACAAGAGUACAAGAAUUGUUGCUUGGAUAAAAAUCAGAGAAACUGCAUCGAAUUUGCUCUCAAAGCAAAACCGGUUAGGCGCUAUAUCCCCAAAAAUCGGUUUCAAUACAAAAUCUGGUGGUUUGUUACUUCACAACCUUUUGAAUAUGCCAUCUUCGUCCUCAUCAUGCUCAACACCGUCUCCUUGGCAAUGAAGUUUCGAGGGGAACCAGAGACCUACACUCAUGCCCUGGACAUUCUCAACCUCAUCUUCACUGCCGUCUUUGCACUUGAGUUUGUCCUCAAGAUAAUGGCCUUCAGGUUCAAGUAUUACUUUGGAGACGCCUGGAAUGUGUUUGAUUUCAUCAUUGUCCUUGGCAGCUUCAUUGAUAUCGUCUACUCAGAGGUUAAUAAACUAGUGAGCAAUCAGGCGCAGGCGGCUGCAGAGAAUAUGGGCGCCGAGUACUACAGGACCAGAAAGCAAGAGAACCCACCGGAUUGGCCGGGGUCUAACCUCUUCUCCAUCAACUUCUUCCGUUUGUUCCGUGUGAUGCGUUUGGUGAAGCUUCUCUCCAAAGGUGAAGGCAUCCGGACGUUGUUAUGGACAUUCAUCAAGAGUUUCCAGGCCCUGCCAUACGUUGCUCUUCUCAUCCUCCUCCUUUUCUUCAUCUACGGUGUCGUCGGCAUGCAGGUGUUCGGCAAGAUUGCGUUAGACUACGGUACACAGAUCCAUCGUCAUAAUAAUUUCCAGACCUUCUUCCAAGCAGUGAUGGUCCUCUUCAGAUCAGCAACAGGUGAGGCGUGGCAAGAUGUCAUGUUGUCGUGUUUGCCGCCAGAUGCUGGAUGUGAUCCACUCUCUGAGGACUACCCAAAUGCCCCCACCUGUGGCUCUAGGGUCGCCUAUCCUUACUUCAUAUCUUUCUACACUCUCUGUUCAUUCUUGAUCAUCAACUUGUUCGUUGCUGUCAUCAUGGAUAACUUUGACUACCUUACACGUGAUUGGUCUAUCCUUGGUCCCCAUCAUCUGGAUGAAUUCAUCACUCUCUGGUCAGAGUAUGACCCUGAUGCAAAGGGCAGAAUUAAACAUCUGGAUGUGGUUACUCUUCUCAGGAAAAUAUCUCCCCCAUUAGGCUUUGGAAAAUUAUGUCCAUAUCGUGUAGCAUGUAAGCGUCUAGUGGCAAUGAAUAUGCCUCUUAAUACAGAUGGAACAGUAAUGUUCAAUGCAACACUCUUUGCCUUAGUCAGAACUUCAUUAAGAAUUAAGACAGAGGGCAACAUAGAUGAUGCCAAUGAAGAAUUAAGAGCUGUUAUUAAGAAGAUCUGGAAGCGUACAAAUCCUAAACUUCUUGAUCAAGUUGUGCCGCCAGUUGGGGUUGAAGAUGACGUGACUGUUGGCAAGUUCUAUGCUACCUUCCUAAUUCAAGAUUACUUUAGAAGAUUUAAAAAGAAGAAGCAAGAAAUUAAAGAACAAAUUGACAAAGACUCUGCCAACACUGUGACUCUCCAGGCAGGUUUGAGAACUUUGCAUGAAGCUGGACCUGAGCUGAAGCGUGCCAUUUCUGGUAACUUAGAUGAAAUGCGUGACGAUGACAUUCCCACGCAUAGGCGUAACCACUCCUUGUUCGGCUCGGUCUGGUCAUCUAUGAGAGUCAAAGGCCUACCACGAUCACGCUCCCUCCGCGUCAGCUCUGGACAACACGCUAAAGUGGGUAAUAUCUUGCAUCCUGUUAUUCUCAAGGUCAACAACCAGAUUAUGAAUAUGAUAUCCCCUACAAAUUCACUCUCCUACUCUCCUGCACAUUCAAAUGAGAAGACCGCUCUCAAUCAUACAGCACAUCAGCCUCCUACCCCACUGGAAAGCUCACAAUCCCUGGGUGAGGACGAUGAGGGGAUUCCUAUGCGUCCCCUUAGGAUAAUGAAUGGGGAUCCUGAGAGAAGAUCAAAUCUAGUUAUAAAAGACCUGAGUGAUGAGGAGUUGAGUGACGGGCCGCAGCCCCCCACGCCACCCCCCCGCCGCACCUCCACUCACUCCUGGGGACUGGGCUGCAUUGGUCGCCAGGACGCCCAGUCUCGUAGCUUCAGCAACAUCGCCGAUGGGCUGCGACUGGCUCAUGCUCAAGCCUUGGCCGUGGCAGGCAUCGUGCAUCAGUCAUCUACUGGUUCAGCACCAUUCAGACGGGGUCUGCGUGCCUCGUUCCACGGCCGAGCGACCUCUCACAGUGAGAGUAAUGGAAGCCUUCCAGGGGACCGCCAUUCUCAGAGUGUCCCAAGCAGCCCUAGAAGUGUGUCCAGACCUUACUCUGAGGUUGUCGGCUCUGCUGAGAGUCUGGUCGGUAGGGUGUUGGCUGACCAGGGUUUGGGUAAAUACUGUGAUCCUGAAUUUGUUCGUACAACUUCAAGGGAAAUUGCGGAGGCCUUGGAAAUGACCACUGAGGAGAUGGACCGAGCUGCCCAUAACAUCCUCUCAGCCUCCCAACAAGAACUAGCCCCUGAGGAUGCCUCCCCCGAGCAUCCUCAACGACAAAGAGGGCCUCGGGUCCCAUCUAGACACCAAAAGCCAGAUUCAUCAUAUUAUGAUCAUCAAUCACCCUUAUAGAAAUAAUGUGUGAAUUAGAAGUCUAAAUCUGUUAUAUGAUGGUUCUUCACUGUGUCCAUUCAUCCUCUUCCAACCUCAUGAUCCCUCAUGUGUCAUUGGAGGCUUUGUGAAGUGGCCUUUCUAAAGAUGCUUGUGUGAAGGUUACCAAGUGCUCCAGACAGAGAACCCCUCUUUGGUCCAACGGUCCCAUCCCCUCAAGUUGCCUCUGCUCUGUGGAUGUACUUCUGUUAGAGGCAUGAACAGGGAUCACAAGAAAUAGGGUUUUCUAGGGCAUCUGUAAAAGGUGGAAAGACAGGAUGAGGCAGUGCUAUUCUCCCAAAUCUGUGAAUAAUUUUAUACCUGUGAGUUUGGUCAUGUUCUCAUCUUGGAAGGGAAUCACAAGAGUUUGGGCCCUACACUAUUCCUACAAUGCUGGUGAAGCUGCAUCAGGAAGUGGCAAAGCCUAUAUUUCACAUACAGCCAUUAAUAUCGUAGGGUGGAUGAGUCAUAUUUGUUAGGAUCUUGUUGUUUGGUUUGUAUACAAGCAAAUGAUAUUCGCCCAAUGUGGUGAAGUACCCACAGAAGGCUUGAUCCCUUGUGCGUGGACUCUCCUAAACGAAGAGAUUGAGAUUUGUGAAAUGAUGAGCAGAUUCUAGUCUCUAGAGAUACUUUCAGUAAGAUUCUUUUUUAUAUUUGGAAAAUGGAGACUUACAGAAAGUCUGCUCAAUCUGUUAGAUAGCAUAUCUUUUCACAUGUCAUCAACCUGUUGCUCGCACUUGGAAGGUAUCAUAUACCUGAUUUGUAAAGGGAUAUGAAAAAGCAAGUGUUAUGUCAGUAAGGUAAGGUAUUAGACAAAUGUUGUAUCCCAAAACCAAGGGUUAUGACAAUUUAUCAGUACCAUAUCCCUCACCUAUGAUGGGGUGUAACAAUGUGCACAGAUCAUAUCCCUCAGUAUCCUCAGGCUAUGAGAACCAGCAAGUGAAAACGAUGCUGUAUAACCUCUACACAUUUGAGUAGGGGUUAACUUAUUUAACCCGAAGUGCCUCUCUCAAUUGUGAUAAUCUGUUGUUAUUUCCUCUCAAACAAGUUUUCAAUGAAAGGUACUGAAAUCACCUCAUGUCAUCCAUAAUUUCUUGCAGUUUCUGUCUCUUAGGAAUUUGCAUAUUUUUCUUCAGAGUUCAUAUUACUUUUGGUUCUUUUUUGCUGGCCAAAGAAGCUGGCAAUUGGCUCACAUUUUUUUUUUUUUGGUGUGGGUCUUUGUUAUUGUUGUAGAGAGUAGCAGUAUAAUCCUGUGAUCCUAGAAACACGCGUGACACUUUUUGUCGGAAACCCAAACACACAAUUUAGCCCAGAACUCAAGUUUAGUCUGCAUUCAACUACUAUGAAAAUUGUGUUGAACAAUGCUGGUAUGCUCAUUAUUAAACAAAGAAGAGACAGUCAUGUGGACAACAAACAAAGAAUACUACCAAAGCACAAGGGGAGUGUUGGUGGACUAUUGAUAGGAAACACCUUUUGAAAAUGGGCUACAACUCAUUAAAACAGGCUGUAACAUUGGUGCAGAGUCUGGAAUAUAAGUCUCUUUCUUGCAGAGCGAGAAUAAGCAGAACUAUUCAGGGUAAAUGUGGCAACCAAGUACCUAAGAUUAUUUUGUUUUGUCUUAAUGGACUCAGUGAUUCUGUCUACAGAGAGGAAAUGUUGGAUUUUUAAAUGGGCUCUUUAAUUAUAACUUUGUGAUGACAAGUUGGUUUUGAAACCCAUUUGUCUGAUUUGUAUUGAUUUUGGACAUACAAGAUUAGAAUCUUGUUUUAUUUGCAUUUUUUAUGAUGUAAAAAUUCUUUAGAUUACUCUGUAGGACUGUUAGUUUCAUUAAAAGAAUCUAAAGUUCAUUGUAUGUUUAUAUCCACAUUUUUUACCUCAUUGUUGGAGGUUUUGAAAAUUGGAGGAGAGGUUUUAGUCUUAUGUUGAAGUAGUAAGUAGGUACCAUUGUGAUAUUAUUAUUGCAUAAAGAGAAUCCACUGAGGAGGUUUAACUCAAAAUCAGAGCAUAAUCUAAACUCUAUGUGAUAUUGACUGAAGUAGGUAUGACAAAAUAAGUAUGAGCUGUAAUAAAAUAUCAUUGAAGCUCAGUUUUCCACGCACAACUCGCAGAAAAUAUGUUACAUUGAAUAUCCAUCAUAUGCUCACAAGAACUGAUAACUUAUUUGUUUAUCUCCCCAUAUUUUCAAACCCUCUAUAUGGUGGUCAGGUGCUGGAGACUAGGGCCACCUGAACCUCCUUUUGUGUCCCAGAAAAGGAAACCAGGACCACAGUGACUGUCUUUUGUCAUGGAUAGAUCAAUAGGGUCAAGUAGUCCUCUGUUUAUAUAAUCUAUAUAUUGAAUAAUUGAGAGAUUUUAAUAUGACUAUGAUAUUUGCAAAUAAUAUUGUGAUUGCAUUUGCACUAUCAUAAUAUGACCAUAGGUAGUUCAUAUUUUGUCUGAAAUCUUCUAGCCUUGAAUAGCCCUAGUUUGUGAAUAACAACUUCCAAAGAUCUCUGGUGCUCAAUGUCCAUGACAUUUGUCUUUCGUGUUUCAACCAUUACAUAUAUCUAGGCCUGAAUAUUUUCAGCCAUUUAUCUCAUUUCAUUUAAAGAAAUAACAAAUUGUUGAUAUUUGAUCAAUAGAGUUUAGGAAGACAAUUCCAUUCUGGGAUACAACUGUGUUAUAAAGUAUAGAUCCCCAUAAUGUUGACUAUUUUGUUGACCUGUAAUGGCCAGUCUCUGUGAUGGUGGGUAGCAGGCAAAUUGUCUGUUGUUGUCAUCCAAAGAUGGUUGUGGGAAAUCCUCUUUUAUGCCCAUGCCUGUGAAAUGUUUCGAUUUAUACAGUCAGUCAGACAAUUUGUUCAUGUUUUUGUUGAUUGUUUCAACAGUAAUAUAUGGAGAGGUAAAAUUUAUAUUCAUACUAACACAGUGUAAUGUGGGAGAAGGUGAAUAUGACAGACUGUAUAUAUCAUUAACAAUUCCAUAACUCAUAUGUUCUUCUUUUACGAACUGUGAAUAAUUUACUCCAGAUGUUGGACAUGUGUUCUGUCAAAAGUUACUACGGAUGUCUCACAUACUGUAUGUUAUAUCAGUUAAGUUAAGACAUGUUUUACAAAUGUUACAUCAGAAGUUACAAAGAUAAUUCACAUGUCUUAUCAGAGGUUUCUACAGAUAUUUCACAUUUGUUCCACCAAAUGUUAUUACAUAUGCUGCACAUGUGUCCUAUCAGAUGUGUCACAUGUACACCAGAAGAAAUUACUGCCAGUGCUUCACAUGUGUCCAAUCAGAAGUUACUUCAGAUGUUCCACAGAUAUCUCCUCAGUAGUUGUAACAAAUAUUUUAUGUGUUGUGUCUGAAGUGACAGCUGAUACAACACUUCACAUGUGUCACAUCAGAAUUUGCUUCAUAUAUUGGCAUGUGUCACACCAAAAGAUUUAUUACUUUUAUUUGACAUGUGCCAGUUAGAAGUGUUAUGGCAGACUUUUGACAAUAUGCAUCAUCAUGAAAGCAAAUUAUAUAAAUUUGCUCUAUUUAGUGUUUAUUUCAUGAUACCAUUGUCAUUAGAGCUUUUUAUUUUAUAAUAUACAACAAAAUUACAACAUUUAUUUCUAUAACUUUGUUCAAAACUAAAUGAAAUAAAUUGUAUAAUCAUGUCAUGGUGAAAUACUAGUGAGGACUCCAUAGGUACAUAUAGGUAAUUUCAUGGACCAUUGCUGGACUCAAGUUCUAUGCUUCAAAGUGGCUGGUUUUUUACUGUAGGUUUUUAUAUGAGGGUCAGUAUUAGAUGUGGAGUUAUAAUCUUUUCUUUUUUUCCUAUGAAAGAGUAGCACAUGUAAAUUUCUGCAUAAAGAAGUGACAAUAUGUCUCACUGCACAAACAUUGUUAUUGUGAAAUAUUUGUAUCUAUUUAAAGGUGAAUAACUGUCAUCACAGGACAAUGGUGACAUAUUUUCUACAUAAUUUUACUACUUCAUCUAAUUGUAAUUAAAACACAUUUACUGGGAAACUGAUGAGAGCUGUUGUGCCUGGUAUUGGCAGUUUACAUGAUUUUGUAAGGGAAUCUUUUUGUCCAAGAGGGAUUCUUGACUGACUGCUUCCUGUGUGGGGUUUGUUUAUACAACAUCCUGACAGGGUGUUUAUUGAGGGUAUUUUUACAUUUUACUUUAUUUUCAUCACAGUUUACAAAUUAUUUGUGGUCAAAGUUCACUAUAUACUGUAGUAUACUUGUGAUUUUUCACAUUCUUGAUUAAAAUGAGAGAAUAAUACAAUGUAAUUGUUUUUGCCUUUUAUUGCUUGAAUGUUGAGCAAUAUAAGAGGUCAAAACAAUUAGCAAUUCUUUUGUUUAGCCCAGAUGGGGUUUAUUAUCUUUCCUUCCCUUAUUCCCUCUCUUUAUCAACUUCUCUUUUCCUAUCAUUCGAAUAACUUUGUUUGUUUGCUUGUUAUAUGUAUGUUGAUACAGAAAAGUGUGGAAGGAACAAUCACGAAUUUACAUUUGCCAAUUCUCGUCAUAAUUUAUACAGUGUUGUAGCAAUUCUCAUUUGGAAUAAAGCCUAACCUUGUAAUA